AUGGCUACUAACUCUGACUUAGACCUUGCGGGCAAGGAAGAGAGGGAGCAAUUUGGCCAAGAACUUGCUGAUGACGCGAAAAUCUGGCGCGAAUAUGUGAAGGAAUCCUCACAAUAUGAUGCCCAGAUGGUUGGCGAAUGGAACCGGACCGUGGAUAGCAGCCUCAUAUUUGCAGCACUGUUUUCGGCUGUGGUGGCCUCCUUCGUAGUCGAAUCGUAUCAAAUGCUCAGUGUUGACCCUCAAGAUGUGACAAAUUCCCUCCUGGAAAGCAUCCUGGCCGCACAGACAUUAUCGGCCGCAAACAUGACCUCCCCCAUUUCAGAGGAUACUGCCUUCACGCCAUCGUCGUCUGCAAUAUGGGUGAAUGCAUUGUGGUUCACCUCCUUGACCUGCAGCCUUGGCAUAGCAGCUGUAGGCAUGCUCGUGAAGCAAUGGUUGAGCGCGUACCUAGCGGGGCUGCCAGCUGCACCACACCUUCGAGCACAAAUCCGGCAGCAUCGGUUCGACACACUCCACGCCUGGCAGACACACCAUAUAAUCAACUGCCUACCAUUAGCUUUGUCUUUGUGCUUGAUCCUUUUCCUUUCCGGCUUGGUUAUCUUGCUUCUCGACGUAAGCCCUCCUAUCGGUAUAGCAAGCGUUGUCCUGGUCGCCGUUACAAUCACUUUUCAAGCGAUGAACUUCUUGCUCCCGGCUUUCUGUAACUGUCCAUGGAAAACUGCCGUUUCGCCAAUCUUCUUCCACCUCCUGGGCCCCCUUCGACGCGGUAUUCCAUACAUUCGGUCGUCGCCGCGUCGACUCAAACCCCUGCUCAGACUCGGCCAUCAUCUCAUGGAAUCUUCCAUACGUGUCUUGAAAACUAUGGGCCGUUACCUCGUACUUCCUUUCGUGCUCAUUUUCUUUCUCGGCCACUCAGUUACACUGCUGCUUAUGCCACGCUCAGUAAAGUCUUGGCUAUCUCGUAUGGCGUCCUAUAUGCCAGAAUUGCGUCGUGUCGCCAAAGGCUUCGUUAUCCUUCUCAAGGAACGGAUUCCUGCUGUCAGGCUCAACAUCCACUUGAAUAUGACACUCGUCAGUGAGUCAGAGGCAGACAAAGAGGAAUCCAGGGUUGGUAUCAAUCGUCCAGCUCUGGAUUCUCACUGCAUCCUCUGGCUUAUCCACACAUCGACGAAUCCGCCAGUAACAAGUUGUGCUCUGCAGUCUGUAUCAGGGUUUCAGCUCGGCGCAGAGGCCGCUAGGCUAUUAGCGCAGAGCCCAAUCCCUGAUCUGAUAUCGCAAAAGCUACGUACCAGCUGCGCUAACAACGGGUAUCCAAUGGACUCAAUAUCGAUUGAGCGAUACAUCCGAGGAUUGCAUGUCAUUCGUCACGCUUUUCGUACCGACAAACCAUCGAAACCAGGCGUCAACUUCGGAGCACUUGAGAGCAUUAUACCAAAGCCUGGUACCUACGCAUAUUUGACGACAAUAUGCGCUAAAGUUAUGCUCAACGACAUCGUCGAUUGUUUGGAACAAAUUCAAGACGGUUCGAUGAUCUGCCCUGCAGCUCAAACACAGCUCCUAGUGGAUACAUUAAUCCAGGAGCUCAAAUCACGGAAGGGCCCAAAAGAGGAUCACUGGGUGUCUGCGCAAUCCGGUGGAUGGGCCCGCAUUUCUGCCAGAGUCAUCCCUAUUUUCGUUAAACUUGUCGACGUGCCGCCCUCCUCACCUGAUCCAGGCAUCCCACUUGACAUCCCACCGUUGGAUGUAGCGAUUGCUGCAGGCAUAGCGGCGUUGACUAAAUCUCAGGCAGAACCAUACGAACCCGUUGGCUCUGAUCUGCCUGAGUUUAUACGAUUUUACGACCUCUUAUUGUAUGGUCUAUCGACGAUCAUGCGGUAUCCCUCUUCAUAUGGAUGUAACGACACAGAGACGUUGAUGAUCGUUCGCCAAAAAUUCUUCACGGUGGUGCAGCGUUGCCCUGAGCAGUUGACCUCGAACGAUACUGUUUCUACCGUAUUCGCUAUGUUGCUCCGCCAUAUAUUUCGCCAACCGCCAGAUGAAUGGGAUACUAGGGGUCUCAUGAUAUGGACCUCCCAGGCUGAUAUAAGGAUCCUUAGUAAAGUCGACUGUUCGCCAUUGCUCCUUGCUUUUCGCAAUCUUGUCACCCUUCCUAAUCCACCUGCCAUGACCGCACACCUCUACCUCGAUUGCAUGGAACGUAUCCUUAUAGAGGGCAAUGGGAUCAAUCGGUUUCCUAGUACCUCCCCCAUCGUGUCAUAUCUUUCUGAUUUCAUCUCAAAUUACGGGCGAUCUGUUUUUAUGUCUUCGGCUAGGUCACAGGCUUUCCGUCUCCUAGGCAAAUACGCCCAUGCGACAUGCUUGCGAGCAACCCCCAACAAAGAGACUCGCCUUAUCAGCGACGGCCUCCUCAUCGCCGUACGGGAUUUCUUCGAAAACCCCGGUUCCAUAAUUCAAGAAGACCUCGAUAUAUGGAUAUCGGCACUUCUCCAUCUUUCGAAGGGCCACAAGAAGCUCUUGUUGGAAAGUCGCUCCGUUGAAGCGAUUGUUACUUGGUCAAUCAAGAAUUGGAGGGGACAUGAACUAUCUGUUCUAUAUCGAGACAGGUUGAUGGCGCUAGCCGCUCAGAUUGGGCUUUCCGUCGAUUUCCAUGAAGACCCAACUUGGUUCAGAGAGCUAAAACCGCUCCUCAACACCUCGCUGCCCGAUGAUAGUCCUCGCUUUGUCGUGUUUGUAGCCUUACAGUAUUUUAUUUUCCAGUAG